UUACCCCAUAUACUCGCCAAAAACAUUUUCCAAAUACUUUUGACAUCCUUAAUAAUUCCCUCGUAUGUCUUUUUUGUGAACAUUCUGUUAGUUGGAAAUACAAAGUUAGUGUUUCUUCACAUGUUAAAAGUAAAGUUCAUAUCAAAAAUAAAAGAAACUAUGAAACAGCUGCACAAAAUAUCUAUCCUCAAACUUUAGACAGAGUUUUAUCUAUUGCAGAAUUUAAAAAGGUUGUAGUUCAGGAUCUUGUAAAGCAUUUGUUAAAGCAAACAUUCCUUUAG